GGCGCGGCCCUGGCGGGCGGCGGGAGGCGUAUAAAGUGGGCGGCCCCCGCCGCGGACCCCUCCCUCUUGCCCGCUCAGAGCCCGCGUCGCGGCCGCCAGCACCCGGAGCUCCUCGAGACGUGUCCGGCGAGGGCGCCCCGCGCGCUCCGGGGUCAGGACACCAGAGUGCAUGGGUGCUACCAAGAUGCUCCGGGGCCCCUGCUCCGCCCUCCUGCUCUGGGGGCUCCUGGGGACCCCCCGUGCCCAGCAGCAGGAGCUCAUCAGCCCCAGCACCUCUGACAGAAACCACUGCCCAGAGAAGGCCGACUGCCCCAUCAACGUGUACUUCGUGCUGGACACGUCGGAGAGCAUCACCAUGCAGUCCCCCACCGACAGCCUGCUCGACCACAUGCGGCAGUUCGUGAAGCAGUUCACCAGCCAGCUGCAGGACGAGGCCUACCUGGACCAGGUGGUCCUGAGCUGGCGCUACGGCGGCCUGCACUUCUCCGACCUGGUGGAGGUGUUCAGCCCGCCCGACAGCGACCGGGCCUCCUUCACCAGGAGCCUGCAGGCCAUCCAGUCCUUCCGCAGGGGCACCUUCACCGACUGCGCGCUGGCCAACAUGACCCAGGAGAUCCGGCAGCACAAGAGCAAGGGUGCAGUCAACUUCUCGGUGGUCAUCACCGACGGCCACGUCACCGGCAGCCCGUGCGGGGGCAUCAAGCUGCAGGCCGAGAGGGCCCGAGAGGAGGGCAUCCGGCUCUUCGCCGUGGCCCCCAGGCAGAACCUGCUAAACGAGCAGGGCCUUCGGGACAUCGCCAGCAUGCCCUUGGAGCUCUACCGCAACAACUACACCACGAUGCAGCCCAACUCGGAGAUCGACCAGGACACCAUCAACCGCAUCAUCAAGGUCAUGAAACAUGAAGCCUAUGGAGAGUGCUACAAGGUGAGCUGCCUGGAGAUCCCUGGGCCUCCCGGCCCCAAGGGCUACCGCGGACAGAAGGGUGCCAAGGGCAACAUGGGUGAGCCAGGAGAGCCUGGGCAGAAAGGACGACAGGGAGAUCCAGGCAUCGAAGGCCCCAUUGGAUUCCCGGGACCCAAGGGUGUUCCUGGUUUCAAAGGAGAGAAGGGUGAAUUUGGAGCUGACGGGCGGAAGGGGGCCCCUGGCCUGGCUGGCAAGAACGGGACGGAUGGACAGAAGGGCAAACUGGGGCGCAUUGGGCCUCCUGGCUGCAAGGGAGACCCCGGGAGUCGGGGCCCCGAUGGAUACGCAGGCGAUGCCGGCAGCCCUGGGGAGCAAGGGGACCAGGGCACCAAGGGAGAUGCUGGCCGCCCAGGACGCAGAGGACCCCCAGGAGACAACGGGGCCAAAGGCAGCAAGGGGUAUCAAGGCAACAACGGGGCCCCCGGAAGUCCCGGUGUGAAAGGAGCCAAGGGCGGGCCUGGCCCCCGAGGACCCAAAGGCGAGCCUGGGCGCAGAGGGGACCCAGGAGCCAAGGGCAGCCCGGGCGGUGAUGGCCCCAAGGGUGAGAAGGGAGACCCUGGCCCUGAGGGGCCCCGGGGUCUGGCUGGAGAGGUUGGCAACAAAGGAGCCAAGGGAGACCGAGGCUUGCCUGGACCCAGAGGCCCUCAGGGGGCUCUCGGAGAGCCCGGGAAAAAGGGAUCUCGGGGAGACCCCGGUGACGCUGGUCCCCGUGGAGACUCAGGACAGCCUGGUCCCAAGGGAGACCCCGGCAGGCCUGGAUUCAGCUACCCAGGACCCCGAGGAACGCCUGGAGACAAAGGCGAGCCUGGUCCUCGCGGCCCUGAGGGGAGCAGAGGUGACUUUGGUGCCAAAGGAGAGCCCGGGAGGAAGGGCGAGAAGGGUGAGCCUGCAGAUCCCGGUCCCCCUGGUGAGCCCGGCCUGCGGGGGCCAAAAGGAGCACCAGGACCCGAGGGAGAGCCCGGCCCCCCUGGAGAUCCCGGCCUCACGGAGUGCGACGUCAUGACCUACGUGAGAGAGACAUGCGGGUGCUGCGACUGCGAGAAGCGGUGUGGGGCCCUGGACGUGGUGUUCGUCAUCGACAGCUCCGAGAGCAUCGGCUACACCAACUUCACCCUGGAAAAGAACUUUGUCAUCAACGUGGUCAACAGGCUGGGGGCCAUUGCCAAGGACCCAAAGUCAGAGACCGGAACCCGCGUGGGCGUGGUGCAGUACAGCCACAAGGGCACCUUCGAAGCCAUCCAGCUGGAUGACGAACGCAUCGACUCCCUGUCCAGCUUCAAGGAGGCCGUCAAGAACCUGGAGUGGAUCGCCGGGGGCACCUGGACGCCCUCGGCCCUCAAGUUCGCCUACAACAAGCUCAUCAAGGAGAGCCGGCGCCAGAAGACCCGCGUGUUCGCGGUGGUCAUCACGGACGGCCGCCACGACCCCCGGGACGACGACCUCAACCUGCGGGCGCUGUGCAACCAUGACGUCACGGUGACAGCCAUCGGCAUUGGUGACAUGUUCCACGAGAGGCACGAGAGCGAGAACCUGUACUCCAUCGCCUGCGACAAGCCGCAGCAGGUGCGAACCAUGACCCGCUUCACUGAGUUGGUGGCCGAGAAGUUCAUCGAUGACAUGGAAGAUGUCCUGUGCCCGGACCCUCAGAUCGUGUGCCCGGACCUUCCCUGCCAAACAGAGCUGUACGUGGCCCAGUGCACGCAGCGGCCUGUGGACAUCGUCUUCCUGCUGGACGGCUCCGAGCGGCUGGGCGAGCAGAACUUCCACAAGGCGCGGCGCUUCGUGGAGGAGGUGUCCCGGCGGCUGACGCUGGCGCGCAGGGACGACGACCCGCUCAACGCGCGCGUGGCCCUGCUGCAGUUCGGGGGCCCGGGCGAGCAGCAGGUGGCCUUCCCGCUCACGUCCAACCUGACGGUCAUCCACGAGGCGCUGGAGGGCGCGCGCUACCUCAACUCCUUCUCGCACGUGGGCGCGGGCAUAGUGCACGCCAUCAACCACGUGGUGCGCGGUGCGCGCCCGGGUGCGCGCCGCCACGCCGAGCUGGCCUUCGUGUUCCUCACCGACGGCGUCACGGGCAACGACAGCCUGGAGGAGGCGGUGCACUCCAUGCGUAAGCAGAACGUGGUGCCCACCGUGGUGGCCGUGGGCGGCGACGUGGACGCGGACGUGCUGUCCAAGAUCAGCCUGGGCGACGCGGCCGCCAUCUUCCGCGAGAAGGACUACGACAGCCUGGCACAGCCCAGCUUCUUCGACAGGUUCAUCCGCUGGAUCUGCUAGCGGCCCCCAGCCCCCGCCCCGACGUCCCCUGCCCUGCGCCCCCGGCCCCGGCUUCCAGCCAGCAUCUCGAACUCCCAGCCCCCAAGGCCACACCCGCCCCUGCCCCGGCCCCAGCCCCGCCCUGCCCCGCCCUGCCUUGCGCCCUCAGCCUGGCACCCCCAGCUCCCCGGUCCGCAGGCGCCGUCCUCCCAUCCUUGGUGCUACUCAGACCCCACCCAGAGGCCCCGCAUGCUGGGGACUCGAUCUCUCCAGGUGUGGGUGUGAGGUCAGGAAAGGAGGACCCCCACCCACGCCCAGCUCCUCCAGAGGGUCCCACAGCCCUACACCCCUCCUGCCCACGCCCCGCUCUCCAUGCCCUCUCUGGACCCUAGAGGCUUCCCGGGGCGCACCCUGGUGGCCAGUGCUCCAGAUCCUGCUCGGAUAGGCCCCUCGCUGACCGCCCCCCACCCAGCCUCAGCCCUGGGCUCCUCAGCCCCUCCGGUAUGCUCCAGAGGGCCUCUGUGGGCCCCACCAACUCCACUGGGCUUGCUCCAAAGUGUCUGCCUGGCCUUUGGAGGUCACCUGUCCCAGACUGAGCUGUGACAGCAUCCCUGCACAUUCCUGUAUGCACUCACCCCCAUACAAUAAAGGCUUUGAACUGCC